AUGAGGGUCAACAUGCGCCGCAUGACGCCUGGCGCCGUGUUCAACUCGUUCCUCGGCAUCCUCGAUCUCAAGCUGGAUUGUGCUUCUGUUCGGCGUGCGUCAAUACAUGCAGAGGACGAUACUAACAAGCUUACAGCUGAUCAACAAGGUCGCCGCUUUGCGACGCUGUGGGCGUUCCUCUGGGCGCUGAGCGUGAUCAAGCUCGAGGUCGCCAAGAAGUCGCUCUUCGUCGCGCACCUCUACGUGAUUGACCACGCCAUCGCCUGGGUCUUCCACUACAUCUUCUACUACGCGUACUGGUACACGCUGAAGCACGACGGCACGCGUGUGCUCAACUCGCAGGCGCAGAAGGAUAUCUUUGAACUCGCGCUGAGCCGGGGAGAAACGGAGCCGCUUGACGCCGGACGAGACAAGCAGGCCCAGCUCGCGCACGAGAUCUGGAACAAGGAGAAGGGGUAUGCGCUCGGUGUCAUUGCCGUGGGAUUCUUGCUCAAGGUCUACUUCAUCUUCCUGAUGUACAGCUACGCCGCCCACCUCCGCUCAGGGACCUACCACCAGCUGCCGCUGACCACGCACGCGAACCAAGUGACGCAGAUCGAGGCGCGCCGCGCCUCUCUGGCGGCCACAGCGCUCGACGAGGAGAUCGAGAUGGAGCGCGCGCUCGCAGACGUGGAGCGUAUCGAGCGCGGCGCGCGUGCUUCCGAGGAGGCCGUCGGCUCCCCCCGGACGUCCCCGCGCAUGAACGCGGCAGGCAACGGGACAGCCGCCGCAGCGGGUAGGCCGGGCAAGUCAAGAGACAGCGACGAGUUUAGCUGGGACUAG